UGGUUGGUCCCUGAGAGCAGCGACUGGAAAGGUCUGAUUGCUGAGACAUACAGUUGACACGAAAUAUGAAUGAUUCUAGGCAGCAGUCAUUGUUCUUCAUCACACUUCCAGAUAUACACAAGCUGUGUGCUGUCCCAAUAAUAUUAAGUAACAGAGUGACGGAUACCGACAUUAGGAGUACACAAAUGAAGAUGUGCAGACAGUUGCUACUUUUACAUGAAGAUAUUCUUGCAGCACCUGUACCUGGAAUCUUCAGCCAAAUCUGGGUGGUGAUGGCGAUACCAUUUUUUAAAGCUGGGAUACUUAAUGCUUAUAUUGAAAAAUAUGAAGCUAAGGUGGAGGCUCCACAAAAAGUAAUUCCUGUAAUUCUUCAGAACUGCAUUUCAUAUUCACUCAUGGCUAGACUUGCUCCAGCCUGGAAUCGAGUUGGCCAUCUCUUAGUACAAGGAAAAGAUUUUCUUUCUCAGAUGGGAAAGCAAAGUGCUGUUGUGUUAGACAUCAAUGUAACAGAAACUCAAGUUUGUCUGAGUAUAGAAGUUUGCACUGUCAGACUGCCACCACCUGAGCUAAAAGAAUUUGAUAUUUCUGAGAGUACUAUAGAGAAUUUUCAUACUAAUAAGACUGCUGUCAUUGAAAGACAUUCUAUUUUGAGCAACUGGUGCUACAUUUUGCCAAGUAUGAAAAUGGGACAAAUAAUAAAUAUUCUUCAUGCCUCACCCGCUGACUGUCCAUUUCACUCAUUCAAAGAUUUCCAGAUGCACUGGGAUGACUUGUAUGGCUAUAAACUUCCAGAAGAUGGUAGAAAUAUUAAAAUAUACUGCAGCGUCUACUUCAAAAUGAUUGGAGAAAGGACUUUCACAUACCCUCUCAGUUGUGUUAGAAGUCAGCCCAUACAGUUCUUCCCCAGGGUAGAUUUGGAAGGUGUGUUGAAAAGUUUUCUUUCAGAUUUAAAAUCUAAAUUGCCUCAUAUAUGUGGAUUUCCCAUAAAGAUGACAAGUAAGGCAUGCUACUCUACACAGGAACUAACCAAACCUCAUGUACAGGAAAACAAAGUCAAGCCACCCAAUCUGACCACUAAAAAACUGUUCAAGACUUCUGUGACUCAAGCCAGUGCCAGAAAACCUGUUCCAGUUCCAAGUCUUCUCCCAUGUUCAGUAGUAGCAGACCACAAGAUGGAACAUUCCAUCAAGCAGCCACAGCCAGGCAUUUCCUCAGCUCUACAUUAUCAGCCAGAGUCCAUUCACAGUGCAAAGCAGUUCCUGUCUCACAAGGUACCACAACGACAUUUGGAAGAAUCAAAGCCCAAUAAAGAAGAUACUCAAGUUCAACACACAAAUCUUAGCUCCCAAAGUAAUAUCACACCUAAAUUCAUACCAGUUUUCAAAAAUAGAUUAUCAUUGAUGAAUAAAAAUAUUUCAGUACUUAGCAAACAGAAAAGAAAACAGCGUGUCAUAAUGGACUCGAAAUUGUUUUCACAUAAAACUAGUAUAAUCCAGGAUACCAAACUUAAUUUAGGCCCAAAUAUUAAAAAUAGAUCUAAUAGUAACAUUCAAAUACAUGGUAGAAAUUUAAAUCAGAAGAGCUCCAGACCUCCGCAAGAAAAAAGUACUGAAUGUUAUGAAAAUAUGACAAAAUAUCCCUCUUCUAAUGGAAAAUCGAUUGUGAGCUUAAAUGAAAGUAAACAACUGUCUAACAGUAUGGUGUGUCAGGUAUCAAAUAACAGUUUAAGUGUGAGGAAAAAUGCUAUGGACAUCUCUGGAAAAGAAAAUCUAACAAGUAAAUGUAUAACACAGAUUUUAAGAAAAGACUAUGAGUCAGUGAAACUAAAGAGACAACCACAUAUUUUUGAACCAGACAUAGAAACUGAAGAUGCGCAACUACCACAACAGUGGGCAAACCAAACUAAAGAAGUUGAUUUAAGUGACCGCAGCUUGAUAACAAGCAGAACAGCUCACAGGUCUAAAAGAAAAUUAUGUCCUGACUCUUCAAAAACUUCAAAGCAUCAUUGUGAUACUCUGCAUUAUGGACAAUCCAGUUCUAGGAAACAGAUAUAUGACUUGGAUAAAUCAAAAGCUAAGAAAUUUCACACCAUUCCUGAAGCUUAGAACAUGGAUAGGAAAGAAGAGAAUUUCCACCAGGUAACUGAGAGAUGACCACUCUGAGCAAUGACGAGCACUCUUCUAGGUGUCUGUCCUGGUCACUCCUAUGAGAAUGAACCCGCUCUCCACACUGCUGCGGAACAUCCUUAAGCACUUGAAACUGUCUUUGUAACAUUUGCAUAGUAGUCCAUUGUUUGUGGUAUACUGUAUUUAAUUCCCUAUUGAUUGAAACUUAAAUUACUGCUGACUUCACUAUUGUAACAGUCUUAUAAAUAGGCUUAUAUGAGUCUUUGUAUUCAAUCACCUUAUAUAGUGGUUUUGCUAGUUGAAAAUUAUUUUACCCUAUUUUUUUUUGUUGAAACUUAUUUGAAGUCAUUAUUGUUAUUGUUAAAAUUUUCAAACCAAAGUAUAGGUGAAGAACCACUAAGUGCCUAUUUCCCAUAUCUACCACUUACACACCACUUUUUUGGUAAUAUUUCAAAGCAAAUUCAAGACAUCAUAUAAUUUCAUUCAUAAAUACUUCCGUGUAUAUCUCAAACACACGAUAUAGUGUGUUUUUAAGGAUAAAAGAAUAUGUAUAUAUUACAUUUUUGUGGUGUAUAUUUGUGGUGUUUAUCUCCAUUGGCUCACUAAAUUUCACUUUUAUUUUUACAUGCGUACUAAUAGGAAGCCCUGAAUAUCUAAAGCCUCUUUUACAGUACAACUAGAGCCUUUAUUGCGGUAGAGAUUUCUGUGUUCAGCAGUACUCAUUAUGCUAAGUGCCAGACAGUGCCCAUUACUGAAACAGACAAGAUGACCAGGACCCAAGCCCCACAGCUGGCAGUCCAGUCGCUACCCCAGAUAGAUAGAUAGACAGACAGACAGACAGAUAGAUGGAUCUCCAGAAUAAAUAAGCUUUCGGGUCCAUAUUGUAAAUAAACUAACAUCUGGAAAAAAGAAAAUAAACACAAAUAGAGCUUUUCACCUAAUGAGUAUUUUUUUCAUUUAAACAUUUUAGGUACUCAUUUUAUAAAAAAGAUAUAAUUGUAAUUAUUUAAUAUCAAAAAUCUUCAUUGAUUCAUUAAGUAAAAAUCAAUACAGAACUAAGUUGGAGCUGAACUUUGUUUAAAUAUGGUUUACUGUCUACCAAAUGUUGCAGUUUAAUCAUUACAGUACAUGUGAUUUUUGCUCUUGAAAUUGUGCCUAGUUAAUUAAUUUACUGUAUGUGUUUACUAUAAGCAUUUCUGUUUUCUAGAAUUAUUUCUGUUUCCCAGUUUACCCUUUUCAUAGAGAUAUAUUUGGCUUAGCAUAUUUUGAGUGUGCCUUUCUCUUUUUGAAACCGGUACUGUGGAUAAAUAGCAGGCUACAGUAGAGUUGGAUGCCCUUUGUUUGUGAGGCUCCAGUGACAGUCUUUGUUUAUGAAAGUAAUGUUCAUAAAUGUGUGUGUGUGGUCAGCACAGUCAUGCACACACGUAACCAUUCUUCAACCAGCCUGCCCACCGUUCUUGGAAUUUCCAGGCUUCUUUCUGCUAUUGUCCUGUCGUUAUGCCUUAGGCAAUGAAGACAUACAGUAUUAUUAACCAGGCAAAAUAGCUAAAAAGAGAAAUCCAUUGCCGAAGUGUGUGUGGUAUCUCCCAAUUCUUCACACAAAGAAUCUAGAAAGUCCCUCUUUCACUUCAUUGGUAUCUAAAAUUUAGAAUUUACUAAAAUUUAGAUAAUUUAUCUACAGUAUAUUUCAUGUAGAUAAAUGUUAACUUACAUGGCAAAAUGAUUUAUUAAUCAGUCUAUAUUCUUGUGUAAAGUAAGUUUAUUUUUAAUCUUACUAUGUUUAUCCUAAGGACAGUUUACUAUAUAUAUACAAUAUAUAUAUAAUAUAUAAUAUAUAUAACUAAUAUAUAUAUUAUAUAUAUAUACACACAUAUAUAUGUGUGUGUGAUUUAAGAUAGAUUGCUGGCUUAGCAUUCCAUGUACCGAGAAAAGGUUCUAGACUAAAUUUCUGUGCUCAGGAUCACCAAAGAAAUCAGGGAAGAUUUUGUCUAUUUCAAUGAUUGUAACUUCUGAAAGCCAAGAUAAUUUCAAAUUUAAUUAGAGAACACUAAACUUUACUUUCUGUUUAUUUGAGUUUUUGGUGACUUUGGUGUGCAGCGUGGAUCCCCUCCUCUCAAACAAAAACAAUCAUUCUUUAUAUUCCAAUUGUGCAUUAGCAUUAGAGCCAUUACAAUUUUAAAAGUAUAAAUAAAUGGGUUUGUUUGCCUAUAGCCAGGAACUUAAGAAAUCAGCCAUACCAUUUUAAAAAAACUUAUGGAAAUAGGCCAGAAUUAAUGCCAAGAAUCAUAUUUACAAGAAUGCAAAAGUACUUCUCUUACACUAUUCAUGUAUAUUCAUUUAUAAUUCUAUUAUAUUUUGUUAUACGUUUUUAUUAUAUUUGUUGCUUACAGUCAUAAAAGUUAA